CGCCAGGCUACUUCCUUGUUUGACCGCCGAAAUGGCGCUCGACCCCGCAGACCAGCAUCUCAGACAUGUUGAAAAGGAUGUUUUGAUCCCUAAAAUAAUGAGAGAGAAGGCCAGGGAGAGAUGUUCUGAACAAGUUCAAGAUUUCACCAGAUGUUGCAAGGAUUCUGGAAUCCUCAUGGUAGUAAAAUGCCGGAAAGAAAAUUCUGCACUGAAAGACUGUCUGACUGCUUACUAUAAUGAUCCAGCUUUUUAUGAAGAGUGCAAAAUGGAAUACCUGAAAGAAAGGGAAGAAUUCAGAAAAACUGGAAUUCCUGCCAAGAAAAGGCUACAGAAGCUUCCCACAAGCAUAGUCUGCUUUUCUGAGGAUCAACUGUUGUGAAUAUAAAUAGAUGGAAAAUUCAGGGAUGCAAGAAGUCUAAAAGGCUCGCAGUGUCUAGAAUUGACCCUGGAACCCUGACCUCACUAAUGCCAGACACUAAUCAUCAGCUGAGUUCAUUAAAUACUAAAAAAAAAAAACGAAAACUUAGUAUUAUGUCAAUGACAGAUGCUAUUAUACAGUUCAGAAAAUGCUAUAAAAUAAUGUUUUACAGAAAGUAAAGCAAAACUAUUAAGGUGAACAUAAAUUCCUCUCCGUGGCCUGCUUUGAUUCCCAUAUCGCAGAGGAUUGUGGUCAGCAACACCACUGAAACACGAUUUAAACGUACACAUCCCAUAACAUCAAGACUUCAACUUGGAACCCUUCAUACACUGAAAUAAAGCACUUCUGUUCACUUAUUUGUUUUAGUUGUGACUAUUUCUUUAGUUCAUAUCUCCUCCCCUCCAAACCAAAAAUAAAUCGUAAAACUGGGGACCGUGUUUCAAUCUUUUUAAAUAUUCCCUCCUUAUCUCGUCUUUGGCCCCUAAAGUUACUUAGUUUCUCAUGCUCAAUUUCAUCAUCAGUAAAAGAAAAGUGAUUUUUCUAAAGUUUCUUCUAUUUCUUAAAGUCUGUUUCUGUGAUUUAUGAUACUGAAUAAAACUAAAAGCAAAAUGUAUUCCCUAGCUCCAUCUAGUGGAAAAGAGUAACUACUAAGAACUGAAACUAUAACCAAAUUCAUACGUACCCAUCUAAAAGCACUGCUUUUCUGGAUUACCCUAAUAAGGUUUUGGGGUUUUUUGUUUUGUUUUUUAACUCUCACUUAUUGAAAACACUGCGUACUACCAAUAUGUUAACUGCUGUACAUAUAUUAUCUAAUGUAACCUUCAAACAGCUAUUUAAUGUCUAUUUUACAUAAAACAACUUCAGAACAGCUAAUAAGCAAAACACAAUUAUGAGCUGGAUUUUUAUGAUUCCAAAGCUAGUACUCUUAACCAGUACUGCUUCUACAAUGCAAUAAAUACUAGGUAUAAAAGCUACUACAUUAUUUCCUUUCAAAUACUGUAUGUUAACAACGUAUACUUCAGAGCUGCAAGGUGCAGGGCUUUUCUUACAAGCACAUCUUUUUAUGAGGCCACUGAGGCUAAGGCAACUGGGCUUGUGGAACGAGAUGCUGAGAGCCUUUGAUGGAACUGUGGAGUAUGGCCACAGAUCAAAAUUAACUUCAGAUGUCUAACAGGAAAAAAACAGGUUAGCUCUAACAAGAGUCAACACAACUUUUAGUAUAAGUGCUUCCUUUUUACCAGGGCUCCAAAGUAAGUUCUCACUCACCAGGGCAAAGGAAUCAUUUCGUUAAGGCCGUGGCAGAAUGCUAUCUUACUCUUAACACUUGGUUCAUUCUUAUCUGGUCAUCAACUCUGAUAAAGACUACAGCAUAGAAGUAGUGGUGUCAAGCUCCAUCUAAGGAUGCUGGGGAUUUAGGGGCAGAGUCCUGGCUGGCAGUCAGCAAGUUUGGGAAGUAGUUCUUUCAGAUGGUGACAUCUCACAGGAAUCUAAGGUAGAGACACAGUCCCUCAACAGUGCUGGAAUGUUCUAGUAGGCAAAAUGGUUGAACCAAGUAACAAUUAUACAAAUGGUUCCCUUGAUUUGAAAUACAUGAAAUGUCCAAAAAACCAAAAACCCACUGCCAUUGAUUUCGAUUCCAAUUAACUGUGACCCUACAGGACAGAGUAGAUUUGCCCCACAGGGUUUCCAAGGCUGUAAUCUUUACAGAAGAAGACUACCACAUCUUUCUCCCAUGGAGCAGAGCAGCUGGUUGAGUUUGAAACGCCAACCUUUUGGUUAGCAGCCACGCACUUAACCACUGCGCCAAUGGGGCUCCUCUGAAUGUCCACAGAGGCUACUGAAGUAUAUGGCUACUUGACUCCAGACUGCUAAGCUCCUCAAUGUCUUGUAACAACUAUUGUAAAUUUUGCAUAUGGUGCAUUGCUCUCUCAUUUCCCUGCUUCUAUAUCAAUUCCUCUUUUAAUCCUCGAAGUGAUCUGUUAUGACAUCUGCAGGGCACACAUCCAAGCUUGUCAGACUUGAACGUUAAAGUAUGAUAGUACACAGACUCUUGGUGAGGACCUGAGAAGCAGCCUGUGGUUCUGUGGGUGACUUUAGGCUAACCACACCUCAGCAAUUCAGCAGAGGAUUUGCCCCCUCCCCAGUUCCUCAAUUCUCAGCUGUUCGUUGAUAGUUAAAGUUAUCCAAAAUUUAUUAAGACUUCUGAAUUAGAAGUUGUUGUUUUUAGGUGCCAUUGGGUCAAUUCCAACUCACAGCGACCCUAUAGAACAGAGUAGAACUGUUCCAUAGUGUUUCCAAGGAGCGGCUGGUGGAUUUGAACUGGGCUCUGCAAAAAAAACAAAUUUCUUUCUUUUUUAAAGAAUUCUAAAAACCAAGUUGCCUCUUGUGGUGUCUAGGUUAAUCAAAAUAUUAAGUUAAAUAAAAUGGGAAAUUUGAAACCUGAGUUCUCUUUAGAACUUUACAGAGAAAAAACUGACUUAAGGAAAUCCAAGGAAGGGGAGUUAGAGUUAUUUGGGGCAUGAAACUAUUUGUUCCAGUUUGAACCCCUGCUGAGAAUUUGCAUUUCUAACAAGUUCCCAGGUGAUGCUAAUGCUGCUGGUUA